AUGCCGGAUCCGCCCGGCGCCAUGCGGCCCCGCCCGACGACCCGUUGGGUGGUAAUGGCGCGAGUGACGAAUCACUCAACACGCAAACGCGUGAAACGAUCACUGGAUGAACCGCGAAUGCUCCACCCUGGUCCCCCGAGGCAACUCAGGUCCGGUUGGACUAUGAGACAUUGAGGCAGAAGACCUUUCAAGCAAUCGGGAUCGUUCCCUCCAGCAAGUCGAGCCGCCGACUGAUGGUCCUGAUGUACGACGCCUCGGCCCCAAUGCUAGAAUCAGUGGGAGUGUUGAAAGAGGAUUCAGCGCAUGCAUCUCUUGAAGGUGCCUUCACUUUUGAGGUACUGGUUAAGGCGACCAUCAUGGUCUUACAACAGCCUCGUCGGGCUUUUAUAACGCCGUGUCGGUGUUCCUGCUCGGGUUUUUUUGUCAUCACUCAUACCCAGGGACUCGAAAUGGCCGCGUCGCAGAACUCGGCGUCGUAUAUGUUCCUGCACCGCAUGACUCGGUGUUCUAA